AUGUGGGCUUCAAUUCUUGGUAAACUUGAAGUUGUUAAAUAUCUUAUCUCUAUUGGAGCUGAUAAAGAGGCAAAGGAUAAUGACGGAUAUACUUCACUCAUUUGGACAACAAGAAAAUGUAAAUAUAAUGUAUCAAGAGCCAAUAAACCUGAUAUUAUUAAAUAUCUUAUCUCAGUUGGGGCUGAAAAAGAAGCAAAGAAUAAUAAUGGAUGGACUCCACUCAUUUGUGCAUCAAUGAAUGACUAUACUGGAAUUGUUCAAUAUCUUAUCUCUAUUGGAGCUAAUAAAGAGGUAAAGGAUAAUGAUGGAUAUACUCCACUCAUUUGGGCAUUGAGAAGAGGUCGAAUUAAUGUCAUUAAAUAUCUUAUCUCUGCUGGAGCCGAUAAAGAAGCAAAGGAUAAUAGUGGAAAACCUGCAUUUUCUCAUGCAUCUGAAAGCACGCUCAAUAAGCUUAAUCAAAAUUAA